GGCUCCUCCGUCAAUGGCUGGUUCAAGAAGUACGACACCGCCGUGUACCAGAUCAACCCAUCGGCCAGGCUGUCGACGCGGGAGAAGCCGACGGAGUUCUCACCGAUUAGGCCGGUGAACGAUGAUGUCGGCGAGGCGGGCCCAUGGCAAAAAUGGGUUCGAGUUGAUCCCAAAGGCGCGUCGUACUUCUACUUCAAUGUGAACACCAAGCAGACCGCCUUGGAGAAGCCGCCUUUACGGCCCAGUAUUCAGAGUUUGGGAUUCAGCACCUUCUCAGAUGCUAUCGUCGCCAGUGCAUGA